UAGAAUAUUAAUCAGCUUCAAGUUCCGUACCCUGCUUAGAACAUGUAUUCGUUUUGCUUUGUCAAGUUUCCAAGACUGGCGCUCUGCUGUAUAGAUAAAUAAACAUCUUGUAUUCAUGAUAUCUAAUUUCAUUUGGAAAGUUUACGGCUAAGCUGCCGUACUGAAAUAUUCCUAUAAUAUAUACCAGCCUAGGCCUUCAAGUUUUCUACUCAUAGCACAACACAUCUAACUUACAAGAAAAUCAAGAACCAUCUUCUUACCACUACUCUCAACUAGUUCCACAUAUUCAACAGCAAUAUCCGUCAUUUUAUUUUGCACUACUCAUACAUUAUGGCUCCUUUACAGCGUCAAGGAGAUCUUUCCGGGGCUAAGGAGUGGGAGCCGUCCCACCUUGAUAAUAUUCUCCUCAACCGAAUCAUCAAGCUUGGUGAACAAGACCUAAAACAAGAAAAGGCAAUGUCAGAAGCACUUCGCCGGGGUUAUGAUACAGAUGGUAGUGAAAACGACAUGCUCAAAGAUUAUGUUACGGAAAACUGGCUCAAGGAUAUCAUCUUCCUCAAGGAUGGACAAAAAUGUAUUAUUGCAAAGGGUACGUAACAAAAAAUUUCUUAAGAACCUAACUAACAUUGUGCAGAUAUCGGUCUGCGUAAAGAUUUUUGCUAUUCAUGGUAUAAAGAACGCAUAGACGAUCAACACCGAAAAUACUGCAUCGCCCCACAUCGCCACGCGCUCAAGGACAUCGACCACACAAGCAAAAAUCGGAGAGCUUUCACGAGGGGCACCCGGCACAGAAGUGAAGGAGAGUGGUGCUUGCCAGAAACCCAUGGCCGCCAUUUUUCGAAAUUCCCGCCAGGUAAGUCGUACUAUAAUUGCCUUUUCAACUUUCAAGUCUAGUUUUCUUGGCUUGCCUUUAUAUCAACAUCCAAAUAUUCAACUACAUAUCAUGUAUCAGGGGUGAAUUAUGCUCCCUUUGCAUUCAGCUGUGUUUGUUCAAUUUGAACAUACAUGUCAUAAGAUUCCAUGAAAACUUGUUUGAAUAUGUAACUGACCUUUCAUCUAGAAAUCAUCGACAACAUAUUAAGCAACCUCUUGGAAAUUUCUGAUGGCGCACUCGCUCCCGUUGUCGCAACAAGCAAUUGGAAAAAAUGCUUCACCGGCUCACCGCACUACAAAAUUCACAAAGACGGUGAGGAUAUUGAUGCAUACACAAUGACGGAGAUUGGUAUGAUCACUCAAACUCAAGAGGGUAGUUUGAUGGUACUGCGAAAGGUCUACACAAGCGAAUUAGACGCGACAUGUCUCAGAGUAUGCAAAGCCUGGAAAGACGCCGGAGGAAGUUUGUUAUAUCGAUUUAACUGCUAUACCUUCGGCACCAAUAACUCAACUUUCGAGGGGAGUCCUCCGACUUGGAUGGGCAACAAAAUUUGGAGACCACCUGUGGACAAACCUUAUCUCGUAGCUGAGGAUAAUUCGUCUAGAAUCUUCAAGGCCCGCAUCGAGAGAGGUAUUAGAAACAUCAAGAAGCGGGUGACCAUCAAGAAUUUAGCAGGCUGGGUUUAUCAUGAUCCUUUCCUACGAUUUUUGUACACAAUUGGGGCCGGAAAUGCAGCCCUCCUUCAUACUCUGCAGUUCUCAGGCAAAGUUCGCUGUCAUCAAUGCGAGAGAGGACACUUUUGCAACGAUUGUCUUGUGGAGAGCUUGCGGAUUUACGUUCCCAUCAUUAACGCUAUCUGCCCCAAUGUACGAAAAUUGGUCCUGCGCCCCGAAAAGGAUGGAAACAGUUUCCCGGAACUGGAGAUAUUUAAGCAAAAGCUCUUGCAAUUCUUUGAAAGAGAUCUUCGACAUCUAAAAUAUAUUACAGAAUUGGUAGUAGUCGAUGAUCUGUCGUACGAUAGUGACAGAACGAUUUCAACGGCUCAGCUUGCCAAACCCACAGUCACUUAUUUUCGAGAGAGAGCUUCAUCGUCACAUCAAUAAGUAUGACCACGAAUCUAAGAGCGAAUGAUUUAGGAAACUAUAUGGCUCGAAAAACCUGGAAUUUGGGACUUUGAAAAUUUUGAGGAGUGAACAUUUAUGGCAAAAAUUCGAAAGAACUUGUUGUGCAUCUAUCAGGGAAGGUUUGUGGAGUGUAAAUUUGAGAAUAUGGCCAAUGGUUGAUGUGGAAUAGGUACUGUAGUGAAAAAAAAAGAUGCAGCGAGUUUCUACAUUGUGACUCUUGAAUCAUGCUGUCUUUGACUGAAUGCCCUAAUUUAUCCUCUUGAAGAUAUCACGAAUGACUUUGUCGUUGCCGUUGGCCAAAAACUAGUGGACAAUGAAUGACCUUGUCAUUUUGACAUAAUUUAAAGAUUCAAGCCAAUUAUGCAGACAUUGAAAAUUAUACCAUUCCUCAAUUACUUUAGCCCAUUUCCCAUAUCCUGUUGGCACCAUCGCCAUCGUCUUGAACAGCAAAGUAAAGAGGAUGAAAAUAUGGAAAAGGCGGGAGAAGCUAUAGCUACUUUGCUGUCGCACAUUUUAGCCUAUGAUCGCUUGAAUGGAUGAUGGAUGAUGGAUGAUGGAUGAUGGAUGAUGGAUGAUGGAUGAUGGAUGAUGGAUGAUGGAUGAUGGAUGAUGGAUGAUGGAUGAUGGAUGAUGGAUGAUAGAUGAUGAAUGAUGAAUGAUAGAUGAUGAAUGAUGAAUGAUAGAUGAUGAAUGAUGAAUGAUAGAUGAUGAAUGAUAGAUGAUGAAUA